CAAUGGCGGACAGUGUGCUGCACGACAAUGACGGUUCAACACCUGAAAGCAAAAAGCUGCUCGGUUACGAUGACAAAAUCCAUGAAGAUGAAGAGUCAGAAUGGUCUGAGGAAAUUGCCACCUAUCGCAAGAGGCUAAUACCUACACCGCGAACCAUAGUGGGGUGGAUGUAUCUUUGCAUUACGCUGUCGCUCACUAUGAUGCUUGGGGGGCUAAUCGGCUACACUUCAAGGAAGUGUUCAGUACGCGAAUGUAUAUCUAUGACAUCCAGUUACUCCCCGUUGCUGGAUGUGGUUGAGCUCUAUGAUUAUCAGUUUGAGGCGGAGUUAGGUACGGAGAAUGCAUACAAAGGACACCCUCGACCAGAACUAGAUGCUUUAUGGGAAAGAAUUGGUCAAAUUCACCCCAUAUCUAUGCCAGCAAAGCAUCUAGCGGAACUCAACAAAACAACCUCGGGUAUACCCUACUCAGAAGAGCAGGGUGGGGGCAUUAUGGUCGAAAUCGAGGUCUUUCACCAACUUCAUUGUUUGAACUACAUGAGGAAAGUCAUAUAUGCAGAUUACUAUUCACGGCCUGAAAACCGACCUAUCGAAUUUGAAGUGGGUGAUGACUUGUUUUACAAUCAUAUCGAUCAUUGUGUGGACUAUCUUCGCCAGUUCAUCAUGUGUGCAGGCGACAUCACGCCGGUCACCUCUAAUUGGGUGCUCACGCAUCAUAGCCCCCAUCCCGACUUCAAUACGAUGCACAAAUGCCGCAACUUCGACAAAUUACUCGAAUACGUGGAGGAACACGAUAAUGGAGGUGUUCCAAAGAAAACUCCAGAUGAUACCUGGUGGCCUGCGCCGAAGUUAGCAAACACCAUACUGGAUUACGAAAAGGAUUACCCCAUUCCAUACCAUGGACCUUUUGUCAACGACUCAGAUAAAUGGCAGAAGACACAUCCCGUUCCUCCUUAG